CAGCCGGGCGGAGUGACGAUCUUCAUUCGUCACAACAAAGGCAAGCGGCUGGCAAGUAGUUUACUAGUCCUAAGCGUCAGGCGAGCCCGGGAUUAAAGUCAACAGGCGACUAAGCGAAUGGGCGUUGUAAUUUUCUGGUGCACGAUACAGUGGUGGUGAAAAAAUGUCUUGCUGUUGUGGGGAUGACGAAGAUGAACGCCCUGAACCCACCCGGGUCCGAGGCUGCACGGAUAUUUUCUGGCUAUGUCUUUUUAUUUUGUUUUGGUUUUUAAUGAUAUUGAUAGCAGCGUUCGCAAUGGUUUAUGGUAAUCCAAUUCGUUUGAUCAAUGGGUUUGAUAGCUUUGACAAUACGUGUGGUGUAAAAAAUAACAAAAAGUUUGGGGAUAUGGAAUUGUCUGGGCAAGAUACCAGCGAUAAACCGUACUUGUUCUUCUUGGAUGUGACAAAUUUGAAGGACUCAUUGAAAAUCUGUGUUAAAGAAUGCCCAGAUCGUUACAUGGACACAAUGGAACAGGUUUGCCAGUUCUAUAAAGAUACUGGAUCACAGCUGUGUCAUGAUAGGCCAGGAAGUAAAUUCAGUGCCUGCACCAGCCCGAAUUCAAAAGAUAAGACCGGAGUGUGCCCAGUGCUUCCUGUUUAUAAUAGUACUGUCAUACUGAAUCGCUGCAUUCCAAGAGCUAUAGGGAAAGUUGCAGAGACUAUAGCUUCCAACGUGUAUGGAUUAAUCAAUUCAUGGGAUGCAAUUGAACAAAUUCUGGGAGACUUAUAUAAAACUUGGAGAGAAAUUGUUGCUUUAUCUUUUCUUGCUUUUGUGUUAUCGUUGUUCAUGAUCGCUAUAUUCCAUUUAUUGGCAAGCAUCGUGAGCUGGAUAGUAAUGAUCCUAGUUACAGUAUCCUGUAUUGGUGGUACCGGUUUGCUAUGGUGGACAUACAUACGCAUUAAAAUUAGAUUGGAUGAAACAAAUCCUAAUGAGCUAUUAGAAGAGUCCGUACGCAAUGGAAAAGCAUUUCUCAUUUAUUCAAUUGUAGCAACUAUUUUAACUAUCAUUUUACUGUUUCUGCUCUGUUUUCUACGCCAUCGCAUCAGUAUUAUGGCUCAACUGUUUAAGGAAAGUGCAAAAUGUUUAGCAGAACUUCCUGGAUUAUUUUUCCAGCCAUUACUAACAUUUUUAUCACUACUUGUAUUUUUUGCAUUCUGGAUAACUAUAGUUCUCUGCCUCGCUACUGCCAAUUAUCCUGGAUUAAAAAAUGUGCCAAUGUUAAUGACGAAUCAAGUAACUGAUGAAGUGAAAUUGACGACAUCGUCGGGUCAAAACGAUUCUAUUAAUUACAAAAGUCCACAAGGGAUUCUACUAACUGUGAGAAAAUUUUUAGCUUUCACCCUUGUAGAAUACGUUGAUUCUACCUGGGUCAAGUACAUGUGGUGGGUUUACAUUAUCGGAUUAAUAUGGAUUUCCGAAUUCAUAAUUGCUUGCCAGAAUAUGGUAAUUGCUGGAGCCGUUGCUCAUUGGUAUUUCAGAGGAAAAGAUGCCAGUCUUUCCCCAGUCUGUUCAUCCAUGGGUAAACUGGUCAGCUACCAUCUAGGCUCUGUAGCAUGUGGUUCACUAUUGAUCACUAUCUUCAAAGUACCUCGACUCAUUCUUACUUACCUCUAUGCAAAGUUUGAAAAAACCAAGGAAACAUCCCCAUGUGCCCAAUGUGGAUUAAAAUGUUGCAUAUGCUGCUUUUACUGCUUAGAAAAAUUCAUACGGUACAUGAACCACAAUGCAUACACAGUAAUAGCAAUUGAAGGGACACAUUUCUGUAAUGCUGCUAGGAUUGCUUUUACAACACUGGUUAGCAAUGCUUUGCAGAUAGCAGUAAUAAACGGUAUAGGAGAUUUCAUCCUCUUCUUGGGUAAAUGUUUUGUAACUGCAGCAACUGGAAGUGUUGGAUUGUUAUUCCUGAGGCAGGAUCCAACAUUACAUUUUUAUGCAGCGCCAAUUUUUGUCAUCUGCGUAUUUGCGUUCUUCAUCGCACACAGUGUCAUCUCACUUUAUGAGACUGUGAUCGAUACUUUAUUUUUGUGCAUUUGUGAAGACAAAAAUCUACAUGGAGAGAAUGGAAAAUGGCGGCAAUCAGCUCUGGCUAAUAUAGGAUCAGCUAAUCCUAGCAAUAACGGUCAACAGUCACUGGAGUUGUCUCCAAUCAACCAAUAAGUAUUAAAAAGUGUUCUAUUUCUCGUCUGUUCUCUAUUCUACUAUUCUAUUAAGGUAAGUAUUUACUUCCCCAAUGUGAGCUGAGAUAUACAAUUGUUACAAUAUUGGUAUUUAUGGUUUUCAACCUUUUUAUACGUUCUUU